CGGGUGCUUCGUGGCUCAUUGAAUACAUGAGUUUAUUUGUCGAUAACCGUGAACUGCAUUAGGUAAAAAAUGUCGUAUUUAUUAGCCACAUUCACAGCCUUAGUGCUGCUAAAUUCUGAGGCUUUUGGUAAAAGUGUGACUGGACUUUUUAAGAGUGAAGCAGCGAGACAGCAGAGAGGACAGUUCAUCACUAAAUUCAUGUACCAAGGUUAUGAUGGUCUGCUGGUGACCCGGCUGGAUAACGCUCCCCUGGCCAGAGAGAAGGAGUCCAGACUGCUGCUGUUUCAGAACAUGGACUCAGACCUGGACAACCUCAACUGCACGGAGAGGCUCCGUAAAGCUCACUUAGCCAUUUCUCUCAGUGUGGACGAACACAACCAGACGAUCCCUAAACAGUCGUCUCCUUCAGCCUGGCAGGUCCUGUACACUGACAGAUACACAUGUCAGAAGGACGCAGUGAUCCCGUCUUACCCUGAUCUCAGUUUCACUAUCUUGCUGUUCAACGCUGACUCUGCAGGAAAUCCUCUGGAGCACUUCAGCGCAGAGGAGGCAGGUCUCCACACCUUUUACUUCCUCCUGCUGCUGGCCUACUUCAUAGCCAGCUGUAUCUACUUUAAGCCUCUGCACCAGGCCCUCAAAAAAGGAGGCCCCAUGCACUCCAUCCUCAAAGUGCUGACCACCGUGCUGGCUUUACAGGGCUGCUCUGCCCUCUGCAACUACAUCCACCUGGCCAGGUACUCCAGAGAUGGUGUUGGUCUUCACCUGAUGGGCAUCCUAGCAGAGUUCUGGGAUAUGGUGUCCCAGGUGUCCAUGCUGUACAUGUUGCUGAGUCUGUGUGUGGGCUGGACUCUGAGCCGCGGCAGGAAGCCUCAGUCCGGACCGCUGCAGUGGGAACAAACCCCGAGGUCCACGGCCGUCGCUGUCGGAGGAGUCGUCAUACAGGGAGGCUUGCUGCUGUGGGAGCAGUUUUCUGAAACAGAGGGUCCACAUCACAGCUUCCACGUCCAGCAGAGUGUAGCCGCUCUCCUGCUCAUGGCUCUGAGGGUCGGCCUGGCCCUCCUGCUGGCCUCCGUCCUCUACCAGAUCAUCUCCAACGAGAGGAGCACCCUGAAGAGAGACUUCUACCUCUGCUUCGCCAAGGGAUGCUUCCUGUGGUUCCUCUGCCAUCCCGUCCUCUUCCUCACGUCGGCCAUCUUUAACGUGCACCAGAGGGAGAAGGUGCUGACCAUUGGUGUGAUCCUCUGCCAGACCAUCUCUAUGGUGAUCCUCUACCAGCUCUUCCUGUCCCGGUCUCUUUAUUGGGAGGUCUCCUCCCUCUCGUCAGUGUCUCUGCCUCUCACGAUGUCCAGGAUGAACAACAGACCACGUUACUGAUCUGUGAAGCAAGGGAGAAGUGACAGAAACUCCAAGUUUGUCUGCAGAGACAGGAAGUGCCGUAUAGCUGCAGGGACUUUUUUCCUUUGCUGUUACCGGACCAGAAGAUGAUAUUUACAGCAACACCCUACCUCUAGUUGUAAAUAAUGUAUGAGAGAAAAUACAGAGCAGGAGGAAAGAUAUUUAGUGCACCAAGAGAGGAAGGACACCUGGCUUUUCAUGACACAUCAUAACUAUAGGCCAAAAUAUCAUUUCAGACCAACACAAGCAUGAUCAAGUUGCAUCCAGAUUUUAGAUUUGCAAAAGUAGAGAUGGUUGUUUGGACCUAAAGGACACAAGAGAGGUUUUGGUUGUGUCAAGGAUACUUCUCUGCACAAAUGCAGCUUUAAUUAUCACUGUUAAACCACUGCUCAGCUCCUGUGUUAUAUUUAGGGAUGUAGUGUUACUGAAAGGAUCUGAACUAGAUUUGGGCUAGGUGAAAUGACCCAAGAGUAUGAUGUUUCAGCCAUAAUUAAAGCUGUGUGAAUUUUCUAAAUGAUCAUGAAACUGUAGGUUUUUCAUGGGGUUUAUUUACAAUAAGGGAAUAUAAAUGUGUGGAUGAAUGGUUCAGUAUGUGGUAAUAUUUACUCUGGAUAAACAUAUAAAGGCAGAGAGACAAUUAGGGGUACUUAAAGAAGGAUAUACUGACAAAUAGACGUGUGGAAGAAUGGAAGAUUGUAACAGUAAGUGGACGAGUAUAUUUCAAGUCACUUUAAUGAAAAGGGUAAGUAUUUUUGUCUUUGCACAUGCAGAGUGAGCCAAAAGGUCAGUGUGUGCAGCCUGUACAUCACAGAUCUAGCUUAAGUUAUUUCCUCACUCUUGACAUUCAUUCAGGAGCUGACAGCAUGUGAACCUUUUGAAAUUGUAUAAACUGUUUGUAGCUGGAGACACACAUAUUGUUUUUUUCUUUUUUUGGAAAUGGUAGGUAAUGUAUGUACUGUGCAUGGUAUUUGUCCAACAAUGACACUCAUAUUAGGCAUCUGUUGUUUUGCGUACUUGAUAUUUAAUCCUCAGAGGUUUCAAGAAGGUUACAUCAUUUUAAGUUAUUUGCAGACACAAAAAUAAAUGCCCAGUCAUUGCCGUUUUUGCAGUAUUUACACACCAUUUUCCAGAAUACAUGUAUUUAUGUUCUGUACAACCCAACCUGUGGAAAUAUGGAAUUUGUGAUCUGUAUAAAGUUGCUGUAAUAAAGUACAUUUUUAAGUUACCUUACUCA